AUGCGGGACGACAAGUACAUUGACUGGAAGACAUUCAAGGCGUACGGUGUCAAUCUUGGUGGCUGGCUUGUCCAGGAGUCAACAAUCGACACUACCUGGUGGGAUACAUACUCCGGAGGAGCUUCGGACGAGUGGGGUCUCUGCGAGAAUCUUGGCUCGCAAUGUGGCCCUGUGCUGGAAAAGCGCUACGCAACCUGGAUUACCACAUCAGAUAUCGAUGAUGCAGCCAGUGCAGGAGUGACUCUGCUGCGCAUUCCGACAACAUAUGCGGCUUGGAUCAAAUAUCCAGGCUCUCAACUGUACUCGGGCAACCAGAAGGCAUAUCUCAAGGAGAUUGCUACCUAUGCUAUCCAGAAGUAUGGCAUGCAUAUCAUUCUCGAUGUCCACGGUCUACCAGGAGGCAUCAAUGGUUUGACUAUUGGAGAGGCUGCAGGUCAUUGGAACUGGUUCCACAACGAAACCAACUUUGACUAUUCGAUGCAAGUCGUCAAAGCCGCCAUUUCAUUCAUUCAAAACUCGGGCCAUCCCGAGUCUUUCACUUUUGAGCCCAUGAAUGAGCCUGCUGAUAAUGAAGACCUCUCCACAUUCGGUACUCCUGCUGCUCUCUCUGAUUCCGGUGCUGCCUGGGUUCUCAAGUAUAUCCAAGCCGUCCUAGACCAUGUCGCUAGUGUCAACAAAAAGAUCCCUGUCAUGUUCCAGGGCAGCUUCAAGGGCGAGGAAUACUGGUCUAGCAACUUCUCAAGCAGCGCAAAUCUGGUCUUCGAUGUGCACAACUACUACUUUGCGGGUCGUAACACAACAUCUGCAAACGUGCCGUCAUACAUCUGCUCAGAUGCUAAGGAGACUCCUGGAGAUGGGAAGUUCCCUACAUUCGUUGGUGAAUGGUCGAUUCAAGCACUGUACAACAACAGCUUCGCCCUACGGGAGCGCAACCUCAAUGUGGGACUUUCGGCCUUCCACAAAUACUCACACGGUGGUGCCUACUGGACCUGGAAGUUCUCUGGAAAUGCUACCGUGGAUGGGCAAGGUACACAGGCGGACUACUGGAACUACAAAGGCUUUGUUGACAGAGGUUAUGUUCAUCCAAAGUCGAGCGACCUGAAGUUUUGCUGA